AUGCAUUCGCGAUUCCAGACCAUCCGAUCUCGAUUCACCCCGAGCGGGAUUCGCACAUCUUUCCGCCGCUCAUCUACGGCAUCCACUUCCUCAACAAGCUCAUAUCAAUCAUACAGCUCGAGCUCUUCAUCACCCGUGAGCACGAUCAAUGCUGUAUUAUUCAGACAACCGUCGAUUGCCGACCUGGAAGCAGAGAAGCGCAGCUCUGGGCCUGAGUUAAACAUGCUCGAGCCCAGACCCAUCGUCUACUGGGGCGGUGUUGAAGAGCGAAUGGGAUCCUUACACUUCUAA